UGCGGACUCCUUUUCUGUUGUCUUUCAAAACAUUGGCUGUAAAGGUAAACGUUAGAGAAAACAGUGAACGUCUUUUUUCAAUUAACUGGUGCACGCUCGGAACACCAUGGCGUCACCUGUUCCCAUUUUGGUUCUGCUGGCUGUGGGAGCCACUGUGGUCCUUUCGGAAAAACCGCCCAAUGUUAUUUUGAUCGUUGCAGACGAUCUGGGCUGGAAUGAUGUGAGUUUUCAUGGUUACACCCAAAUCCCCACGCCCAACAUUGAUCGGCUGGCGGCCACCGGCAUGGUUUUGAAUAGCCACUAUUCCCAGUCGCUCUGCACUCCAUCCAGGACCGCGCUACUAACCGGAAAAUAUCCCACGAGACUCGGUAUGCAAAGUGGCGUACUAGGGCCAGGUAAUCGUCGAGGGAUACCGUUGAAGGAGAAACUGCUGCCGCAGUAUUUUAAAGAACUCGGCUAUGCAACGCACAUGGUUGGAAAGUGGCAUGUUGGAUAUGCGGCGCCUGAACUGACACCCACUCACAGAGGUUUCGAUUCGUAUUUUGGAUAUUACAACGGAUACAUCGAUUAUUUCACUCACGACAUGAAUACGUCAGCCGAACCGUUUUCUAACGGCUUCGAUUUGUGGGACGGUUUUAUCCCAGCCACGAAUUGUAAGGGACAGUAUCUAACGGAUAUCUUCACCGACAGGGCAAUGCAGCGGAUUAGCCAACACAAUUUUGACAAACCGCUGUUUCUCUAUUUGGCACACAUGGCCCCGCAUUGGGCCAACGAGCAUGACCCGGUACAGACUACCGAUGAGUACAUCAACCGAUUUCCGCAUAUACAUCAUGAAGGACGACAAAAGUACGCCGGAACACUGGCUGCAUUGGAUGAUUCCGUUGGGAAAAUCAUGGACGCCUUGCACCAUGAAAAAGCAGAUAACAAUACCAUAGUGAUAUUCUUGGCUGACAACGGCGGGACCGGUCAGGAGCACUACCUCCAAGAGGGCGCACAAGCCACCCACGGCAGCAACUGGCCAUUGCGCGGCACGAAGAACACGUGGUUCGAAGGCGGUGUUCGCACAGUAGGCAUCGUCUGGAGCCGGCUAUUGCAGCAUCCGGGUACGGUGUGGAACGGACUGAUGCAUUUGACAGAUUGGCUGCCGACCCUGAUGACGGCCACCGGUGGGAUGCCUGUACGGAAUGUGGACGGGGUGGAUCAGUGGAAAUCACUGGUGGAGGCAGCACCGUCCAUGCGCAACGAACUGCUGAUGCAAGCGGAUGCGAUCUGGGACCAGUACGCGCUGAGAUGGUAUCAGUACAAACUCCUGGUAAAAGAGAACCCGAUAACAGGCUAUAACGCGGAUCGAUGGUACGUACCUGUGGACGGUAUCAUUCCGGAUUACGUUAAUGCAUCCUUACCGGCUGCUGUGCACUGUGCUCCACCUCAGAGCACCGAGAGACCAUGCCAUUUGGGAGAGGCUCCGUGUUUAUUCGAUCUCGAAGCGGAUCCGUGUGAGCGGGACAAUGUAGCGGCCGAUUAUCCGGAUGUGGUCAAACUGAUGCUGGAGAAACUCCUGGCCUACAACGCCACGGCACUACACUCACCUCCUCAGCCCGAAGACCCAUUGGGGCUUCCGUCGCUGCAUGGGGGCCUUAUUCAACCGUGGCUAACCUUAAGCGAUCUCCCUAAUUCAUGAUUUUUGCAUCAUAUGCGCAAUCUUUGCGGCCUUUGCGUACGUUCGACUAUUUUAAAUUGUUUUAAUUAGUGCUAUCAUAUUGAUUUUGAAAUUUUAUUUUUUCCCGCUUCAAAAUUAUACCAUCCAUGCGGUGGUAGGUGCUGUUCAACUGAAUGUCACUGCUCACAAGUUAAAAAUUCUAAAAAAUUCAAAUUGGAAAAAAAACAAAGCGGUAGGCUACUAAUAAAACAAGGGAUGAUUUUCCGUUUCCGAUUAGGCGAAGAACAUAGCUCAGUAUCACUAGGAAUAGUUCGUGUGACCUUUUACUUGUCAUGAUCCUCUCGUUGGUGUGCCCCGCUGACGCUUUCCCGUUUUGGUGUGUCCGUGACGCCUUUGG